AUGACCAGACACAUUUAUCCGUUAGUUGCGGUGAGACACAGACUCAGCAUGUCAAUCAAAUCCGCCAAAGCUUCAGUGUCAUCGGGGACUUUGUCACGAGUAUUCUGGCAUCUUCUUCGAAUAUGCCUUUCAUUCUCAUUGAUAUUUGUCGAUAACACCAUUCUCGUGGUCGCGGGAUUAUUAGCCUAUCUCCGGUCAACAGCCAAUCGACGCCAAGCGACCAAACGGAAUGUACGCUUUUACCCGAAAACAGUCCUCAUCACGGGCAUAGGUACGACUCACGGGCUGAAUCUGGCAAGGUCAUGGGCUGUAGAAGGCCACCGCGUGGUUGGGGCCGAUGUUACAGACCUAGAUCUGCCCGUACGCUCCGGCGGGAGCAUGUCCAAAGCCCUGGUGGCAUUUUACCAGAUUCCCAAGGAUCAUUACAUCUCCCGGCUACUUGAUGUUAUUCACCGCGAAAAGGUCGAUUUGUGGAUUCCAUGCUCGCCGAAGGCAUCCUCCAUUGAAGAUGCCACAGCCCAACAGGUCGUUGAGAAUCACACUAGCUGCAAGUGUAUCACCUUCGACACCGAAUUGGCGGCUUGCUUCGCCCAUCCUGAUUCUUUCAGGCAGGUCCAAUCGCGCGACUCUGUGCACAAGAUCUUGCACCGGUCGCCCUCCAAGAGCUACCAGAUCUUCCGAGCAGCUCCAUCUGCGAAUGAGAAGGCUAUGCUCUUACCAAGACGUACGCUGAGCAAGACAUAUACGGUAGUUAGCGAGAUUCAGAUAUCCCAGGAUCGGCCCUGGAUUCUGCAGCAACAAUCUCGUCUCGGAGAGAUAUUCGCAGACCUACUGAUUGUGCGUGGCCACGUUCAAGCCAUCAAGGUUCGGGUUUCAGAUUCUGGUUCGUCUACGUGGGGUGCAUCACGUUUAGAUGAGGCUCUGGCCGCUUCGGUUCAUAGGCUCAUGCAGAUAUUUGCUGCCAAGGGUGGUGUUCGCUUGACAGGCCAUCUCUCCGUCAGACUCAUGGUCGACGAAGAGUUCGACGCGCAUUCUGUCCGACACACUAUCUACAUCGCCGGCUGUACAUCUGGCGCCAAAACCGUCGAUAACUUGCUGUAUGAUGUACCUUGCCCCAUUGCAGGGUAUCUAUCUGUGUUCCCUUCCAAUCCAGCCGAUACAGCCAACAUCGCACCCACACUGUCAUCAACCCGUUCAGCCCCAACAUUUGCCCGAGCCGCCAUUCUUCCCGCUGCUUUCUUGCAGUUUUCGUUGUUUCACUUUGCGCUCACGGCUCUUGAGGUUGUUGAGGCAGAGCUAGUGAGACUGUUGUUCUGGAAAGAUCCCCUGUUCUCUUUUCUUGAUCCGGUUCCCUGGUGGUGGCAAGUUCAUGUCUAUCAACCUUUGCGCGAGAUCUGGGUGUUGAUGAAACAAACACGAGAAGCAGGAUUGACUUGA